UCGCCAAGCAGCAAGAUGGUCCAGGGGCAAAAGGCCGAGAAGAUCUCGUGGGCGACCAUCCGCGAGCACAGCCGCCAAGACAAUGCGUGGAUCGUCAUCCACCACAAGGUGUACGACAUCUCGGCCUUCCACGACCACCCGGGCGGCGUCGUCAUGUUCACGCAGGCCGGCGAAGACGCGACCGAUGCGUUCGCCGUCUUCCACCCGAGCUCGGCGCUCAAGCUGCUCGAGCAGUACUACGUCGGCGAUGUCGACCAGUCGACGGCGACCGUCGACAGCUCGAUUUCGGACGACGUCAAGAAGAGCCAGUCGGACUUCAUUGCGUCGUACCGCAAGCUGCGCCUUGAGGUCAAGCGCCUUGGGUUGUACGACUCGAGCAAGCUCUUCUACCUCUACAAGUGCGUCUCGACGCUGAGCAUUGCGCUCGUCUCCGCGGCCAUCUGCCUCCAUUUCGACUCGACGUCCAUGUACAUGGUCGCGGCCGUCAUCCUUGGCCUCUUCUACCAGCAGUGCGGCUGGCUCGCGCACGACUUUCUGCACCACCAAGUCUUUGAGAACCACUUGUACGGCGACCUCGUCGGCGUCAUGGUCGGCAACCUCUGGCAGGGCUUCUCGGUGCAGUGGUGGAAGAACAAGCACAACACCCACCACGCGAUCCCCAACCUCCAUGCGACGCCCGAGAUCGCCUUCCACGGCGACCCGGACAUUGACACGAUGCCGAUCCUCGCGUGGUCGCUCAAGAUGGCGCAGCACGCCGUCGACUCGCCCGUCGGUCUCUUCUUCAUGCGCUACCAAGCGUACUUGUACUUUCCCAUUCUGCUCUUUGCGCGCAUCUCGUGGGUGAUCCAGUCGGCCAUGUACGCCUUCUACAACAUUGGGCCUGGUGGCACCUUUGACAAGGUCCAGUACCCUCUGCUCGAGCGCGCCGGCCUCCUGCUCUACUAUGGCUGGAACCUCGGCCUCGUGUACGCCGCCAACAUGUCGCUGCUGCAAGCGCUGUCGUUCCUCUUUGUGAGCCAGGCGUCGUGCGGCCUCUUCCUCGCGAUGGUCUUUAGCGUCGGCCACAACGGCAUGGAGGUCUUUGAUAAGGACAGCAAGCCCGACUUCUGGAAGCUCCAAGUGCUCUCGACGCGCAACGUGACGUCGUCGGUCUGGAUUGACUGGUUCAUGGGCGGCCUCAACUACCAAAUCGACCACCACUUGUUCCCGAUGGUGCCCCGGCACAACCUCCCGGCGCUCAACGUGCUCGUCAAGUCGCUCUGCAAGCAGUACGACAUUCCGUACCACGAGACGGGCUUCAUCGCGGGCAUGGCCGAAGUCGUCGUGCACCUCGAGCGCAUCUCGAUCGAGUUUUUCAAGGACUUUCCAGCCAUGUAAACGUCAUUGGACGCGUCGUAAUGCAAUAAUGUAGUACGACGAUGGG